UUUCUACCAUUAUUAUCACUCUCCUCACGACUCUUGCAGGAGAAUCCAGGAGAAGAAAAAGCAAAAGCAAAGCAUCUCUCAAAUAAUCACUGAAAAUUUAGGGUUCUUAUCGGAUCUCGAUAUCUCAGUCCCGUCAAAAACAUGGAGAGAGUGAGGAGGGCAUCGCAUGCAGGCUCCUGGUACACCGAUAAUCCCAAAAAAUUGGCUGAAGAGCUUGAUGGAUGGCUAAGAUCAUCUGGUUUGGCUAAAUCUCCUGAUGUACGAGGCGUGAUUGCUCCGCAUGCCGGUUAUUCAUAUUCAGGUCGAGCUGCAGCUUAUGCAUUUGGAAACAUAGACCCAACAAACAUUUCUCGGGUGUUCCUUCUUGGUCCAUCUCACCACUAUUACACUCCAAAAUGUGCCCUUUCAACAGCUACAGUUUACAGGACCCCUAUAGGUGACUUGCCUAUUGAUUUGGAAGUCAUUCUGGAGCUCAAAGCUACAGGAAAAUUUGAAUCAAUGGAUCUUCGUGUUGAUGAGGCUGAGCAUAGCAUGGAAAUGCACUUGCCAUAUCUUGCUAAAGUAUUUGAAAGGGCACCAGUGAAAGUUGUACCCAUUUUAGUUGGUGCUCUUAAUGCUGAAAAUGAAGCCAUGUAUGGUCAAUUGUUAGCCAAAUACAUGGAUGAUCCAAAAAAUUUCUUCUCUGUGUCAUCAGAUUUCUGCCAUUGGGGUUCUCGGUUCAAUUACCUGUUUUAUGACAAGAAACAUGGUCCCAUACACAAAUCUAUCGAGGCCUUGGAUAAGAUGGGAAUGGAUAUAAUAGAAACAGGAGAUGCAGAUGCUUUCAAGACAUAUUUGUCGAAGUAUGAAAACACAAUUUGCGGACGCCAUCCAAUUAGUGUUUUCCUCCAUAUUGUAAGGUAUUGCUCAACGAAGAUAAAGAUCAAAUUCCUCUGGUAUGAGCAGUCAAGCCACUGCAAAACUAUGAGAGACAGCAGUGUGAGUUAUGCAUCUGCGGCAGCAAAGGUUGAUGAUGCUUGAAGCUCAAAGAAUUAACAUUCCAAAAACAGUCAAUGUCAGAAUUGUCAUUAAUUUAAAAUUUGUUUUGGGAUGGAUGUAAUAUGUAAAGUUAAAUUGGAAAGGAUGGAUUGCUCCGGGGCUCCAUGUUUAUAUUCAUAGGCCAUCAUAAAAUUGAGAAUUUAAUCAAGUUCGGCAA